AGGCGCAACAAGCUCCUUGAACGCCGAAAUAAGUACUCUAUCUUGAUUUUUUCCUUGGAAUUGGCGUAACUUGUGUAUGGGUCUAUAUUCCAGGACUAAAAGUAGAACCCGACGCAGCACAAAAGAUAUGGUGAUGGCGUGGUCAUGUGUGCAGCCAGCGCCGUUUGUGUGGAGAUGGUUUUAACAGACGCUGUUCUGGAGGACUCAGGAACGCUACACUGGCCUGGAGAAGCCUCAUAGACAAACACAGGCACACAACACACACACAGACCUGUAUACAAAAAAGACUUCCACUUACACACUCCACUUCUGUGCCGUGAGAAAGGACGCAGACACACGGACACGUAACACAAGCUUCACCUGAAGCGCACACACACACAUUCACAUCCUCUGUGAGUGUUAGCUGCUCUUCUUUAGACAGCUUUUUGUGUCCCAGCUCCUCUCUUGUGUGAGAGUGUACAUUGUAUUUCUUCCUGUCUGUCCCAUCUCCACCGCCACCAUGCCGAGCUCCACCAUCCGCCGGCAGAUGAAGAACAUGGUGAACAACUACUCUGAUGCUGAGAAGAAAGUGAGAGAGGCCACUUCCAAUGACCCCUGGGGCCCAUCGUCUUCCCUCAUGUCUGAGAUCGCAGACCUUACCUACAACGUGGUGGCCUUCAGUGAAAUCAUGAGCAUGAUCUGGAAACGGCUCAACGACCACGGCAAGAACUGGCGUCACGUCUACAAGGCGCUCACCCUGCUCGACUACCUGAUCAAGACGGGCUCAGAGCGGGUGGCGCUGCAAUGCAAAGAGAACAUCUUCGCCAUCCAGACUCUGAAGGACUUCCAGUACAUCGACAGAGAUGGCAAAGACCAGGGCAUCAAUGUCAGGGAGAAGAGCAAGCAGCUAGUGGUCCUGCUCAAAGAUGAGGACCGCCUAAAAGGGGAAAGGUCUCAGGCUUUGAAGACCAAAGAGCGCAUGGCCCAGGUGUCCACAGGGAGCAGUCAGAUGGGUUUUGGCCGAGGAUCAUCUCAGCCCAACCUCUCUACUUCCUACAGUGAAGAGUACGGCAGGUCAGAGGGCUCACCUGCCUCUUACCAUGGCUCCACGUCUCCCAAUACGGGCUCAGAGCUGGAGCAGGCCAGACCUCAGACCAGUGGAGAGGAGGAGCUACAGCUGCAACUGGCUCUGGCCAUGAGCAGAGAGGCUGCAGAGCAGGAGGAGCGCAUACGGAGAGGGGACGACCUGAGAUUACAGAUGGCCUUGGAGGAGAGCAAGAAAGAAGGCCCAGGCUCGGCAAAACUGCCCAAGAAGAAGAAGGAGCCACAGUCGUCUUUGAUGGAUCUGAUGGAUGUCCCAGAGCCUGGCGCCAGUGCUGACCCCUGGGGCGCAGGGGCCGGAGCUGGAGCUGGAGCUGGAGCUGGAGCUGGAGCUGGAGCUGGAGCUGGAGCUGGAGCCGGAGCCGGAGCUGGAGCCGGAGCUGGAGCUGGAGCUGGGGCUGCUGCUGCAUCAGCAGACCCCUGGCAGCCUUACGGGUCUGCCCCUAAGCCAGCAGCCCCAGUGGAUCCAUGGGGUGCUCCCCCUUCUGUCCCACCCAUGAAGAGCAAUGAUCCCUGGGCACCAAACUCCACUCCUGCCUCUGAUCCCUGGAGCUCUGCAGCUGCCCGCCCCAAAACAUCCAACCCAGGUAGCUUUGACCUGUUCAGUGCAUCCAACGGUACGUCCAAAGAGGACUUCUCAGAGUUUGACAGCCUGCGCUCCUCCUCCUCUGUCCCCACUGGUGAUGGGGGCGUAGCAUCCUCUGUCCCCUCCCAAGCCAGUCUUGCCAGCAGCAGCAGCCUGGACCUCUUCGACCCCCUUCCCACCUCCGCCUCUAUCACUACAAACCCAACCAGAAAGACUCCCGAGUCCUUCUUGGGUCCUAAUGCUGCCCUGGUCAAUCUGGACUCCCUGGUGUCCAAACCAGCCCAGCCUGCGCCAGUCGUCAACCCAUUCUUGGCUUCAACAGGUGGCUCCGCUCCAGCUGCAGCAGCCCACGCCAACCCCUUCCAAGUGAGCCAGCCAGCUCCCCCCACCCUCAACCAGAUGCGGGUCAGCCCCAUGCCAGCCGGCUUCGGCAACAUCACCGAGCCAAUGGCCCUCUCCUCCAUUCCUGCUCAGCCCAUCACCAUGGUGCCCGUGGCAGGGAUGGCCCCCAUGGGCCGCGUGAUGCCAGGAAUGGGGGUCGGCCCCGUCGGAAGUGUGGGGAUGAGCCCGGGGAUCCCGGCCUCCAUGUCCAUGCCUCAGCCCCUGAUGAGCAUGCCCCCCCAGGCUGGGACGCAGCCUGCGGGAACCACCAACCCCUUCCUUUUGUGAGGGGGUGACUGGGGUGACGACUUGCUCCAGAGUUACCCCUCUUCUCUCUCUUUCUCUCUCUUCCACUUUGGCUCCUUAAGAAGCUUGAAAAUGAACAAGGAGAUGUCUUAUCCCAUUUAUCCCUUUUAUAACCAACUCCUACCCAGGUCGUAGUCCCAGCCCGCCCUCCUCCUACCUUACCACACUCCUUCUCCUCUGUUUCUUCCUCUCUAUGCUACAAGCUGCCUAGUCCUGUGUGUUCCAUACUGAUCUGACGACGAUGUUGGUGACCACAAAGAGUUUGCAUCUGUCUUCAGACUUACAGAGUAGCAAUGGUGUUUACAGUUUUUUUCCACAGAGGCAGGACAGGACCCAGUCUCUCGUCCCUGUCCUCCUCUCAUUCACUCGCCUCCUCUCUCCCUAACUUCUUCCCUUAGGACUGCUCCUUUCUUCUUCUGUGGUGGAGUGACAGGAGAGUAUGACUGUACUAACGCCAGGAUCUUAUCUUUUCACUAGAGCUAAUCUUUUAUAAGCCCUGUCAGCUGGUGUCUGUUGUGUGUGUGUGUGUGUGGGUGUGUGUGUGUGUGUGUGUGUGGGUUUGCAUGUGUGUAUGAGAGCGCACAUCUCAGUACUUUUACACUGUGUAUAUUCCAGUGGGUUUUACUUACACACUGGAGUAAGGAUGAGAGAUGGUCAGAUGUGUUUAUACUCUGUUAUACUCCGUGUGUGUAUGUGUGUGUUACUAAGCAGGGAUUUUGCACAAUUUUUUUCUUUCUUUUUUUUUUUUCCGCAACUGUUGGGCUCACCGUUACACCUUAGCUUAGGGAGGGAGGCUAGCCGCUAAAACAGCCGAGAUGACACACAUGCCUCGGCUCUCGGUACCACUCAGUCACAACUCUCGUCUGGUCACUUCCUGUCACCUUGGACCUUUUCCUGACCCUCCACAUGAACUUUGACCUCCGGGGGUCUCGGGAUUAACAUGGACACCUAUCAAAAGAGAUGAACCCCUUGUCCAAGGGGUUGAAAAGAUGCGUAAAUGCAAUUUGUGUUUUUAUGUGUGUGCUCAUGCGCAGCGUUAAUGCUCAGAUACUAACAGCCACAUGGUGAUGUAUGUGUCACUCCCCCAGUGUGUGUUUAGAGAAAAAGACAUGAACUGUGAUGGCAUCAGUAUUUUGCUAUCUGAACAUGCGGUGGAUGCAGUGGGGCAUCGUGGGACAGUUUUUUUCCGUUUUAGUUUGUUUCAAGGGUCAAAGGGAAGAGAUGGGUUGUGUUUGUGUGCGCAGUUUGCAUGAAUGAUAUGUUUAGCUUCCAAGUGUACUUUAAUGAGCAACUUUUUCAUUUGUCACUUAGUAAAGUGGAAACUGAAUUAGAAUUUGCUGAAGUUAGUGCAAGUCAAAACAAGGGGUAAUGUAGGCAUCUGCAGCCUUAAGUGUGUGUAUGUGUGUAUGACUGUGUCUCUGGUUGCAUGUGUUAUGUGUGUGUGUGUGUGUGUGUAUGCAACCAUCUAUCAAAGAGGUUGUGAAGAGAGCUCUGGGUUUAAAGGGCACGUCAGCCAGUCAGCAUUGUGAAGAGAGUUUACCUGCGAGUGGAUUUACUGUUGCUAAUCUAUCUACAAGAACAUUAUCUGGUGGACUCACACACACUUGCACGAGGUUGCUCGAGGAUUGGUCUAUUGAUAGCGCAGGAGAUCCCACAGCAAACAACAGCAAGACAUCUUGAAAACAAGCAGUUGUUAAUUUUGUUGGUUACUUUUUGUUGUUAUUUACUCAUUAGUUGUAAGUCCAUAGCCAAGCCUUUCUGAGUUUUGGAGCUGUGUACUAGCUAAGCCAUGUAUCAUCUUCAUUCUCUCUUUUGUCUAUGUUCUGUCAUUCUUAGUUUUUUCACCCUAUGGGUAGGCUAUGUAAUUCUCUUCUCUUAGAAGCACAACUGUUACCAAAGUCAUAGCGACUGUGAUUUCUGAGGUUGUUGUACUUUGAGUAGUUUGAACAGUAGGGUCACACUUCACUGACAUUUUUUUCUGUUUAUGGAAGUUUAUGAUAUCAGAGACUCCCUUGUAAUAAUUUUUUUUUUUUUUAUAUUUCAGAGCUAUUUUACCGUUUGUUCAGGAGUUUGUGUAAGAAAGUGUUACUGUUUGCUGAAUAUCGGCACAUUUACUGACAGCAAACUAAGCGUCUCUGUCUCCUCUAUUGGUCGAGAAAAGUUGGUUGAUGAAAUACAGCUAAAGAUGAUGAAUUGCGCCGGGUGUAUAGACCCUUCUUCUCUUUAGGUCACUGUUCUCUCUUUACUUCAGUUCUGUUAAUAUCACUGCCAAUGUUGUUACUGUGGAUGGGGUGUUUUUUUUCCUCUUAGUGAGUUGGCGCCCUCUCCUGGUCUGCUGUGGUAUGAUAGCUACACCGCAGGACCCUUGAAAUUUCCACAAAAGGCAGACCAUUUCUCUCAGGCAAAAGGAGGGGCAGCUCCAACUGUGUGUAUGAUUUUUGAUGACGAUACUGAGGGCGUUCAUGGUGAUUUUUAUGUUUGGGGUCCUGAAUGAAUGGAUGUGACGAUUAACUUGCAGACCAGCAAACAUUUUUAAUCUUAACUAAAUAUAUGCAAAAAUUGGAGCUGGAAAAGUGAAAAAAUAAGAAGACUUAACGCUUGAUGUGUUUUGCAAAGUUAGAUUUGCUAAUGAAGUCUUGUUUAUUGAAUGCUACUAUGAUACUCUAUGCUACUAUGGUAUGAUUUCACUGCGGCCUGACCUUUAACUUUACUCCAGCGAUUGUGGAAAAGGCUGUGUUAUUGAUGCAUUUGGAAAAAACAAAAAACCUUUACUGUCUUGAACAAAUUCAGCUCUCCUAAACUGUCGGGUGACACUGCAGUUGACCACUUUUUCUUGAUCCCUGCAGCAGUUUCACAGUCGUGGCUAUGGUGCAGUGAAAAUGUGGCCUGUGUGUAGCGAGCUCCUCUGUGUGUUACUAUGUAUUCACUAUGCUUUUAUCAAGAGGACUAACUGACCUUAUGGACCGUCUGUCUUUAUAUGCAUAAACAGCCUCCUUUAUUCUUUUCCAUGUCUGUCUAUUUACCCUUCUCAUAGUACUGGGAGCAGGCUGCUUUUUUUUUUUAUUGGAUAUGUGCUCAACCCGUUGGCAUUAUAACUGUAUAAUAUAAUUUAUCAUUUGUACUAUUGUAACAUACUGUUCUUCUGUAUACCUUAUUAUUCUGUGUAAUGGGUUUUGUAGGAAAAGUCACCGUGGUAUUUUAACGGCAUCUAAACAAACGAACGCAGCAGGCCGCACCCUGUUGGAUGAGGACAACUGUAGCUGCAUUGGUUGAAAAUAAAAUGUGUAUCACUUCAGCUCUGUAA